GAGCUUUGUGGUGUAAGACCAAAAUGGGCCGAGCAGUCAAGUGAUAAAAGGAUCACUGGAGGACAUGAAGCUAAGCCCGGCAGCUGGCCCUGGAUGACGAGCAUUUUUGUCACGGGGCUGGGAGAGUAUUUCAAAUGUGGGGCCGCCCUUAUAUCGGACCGCUGGGUCAUCACCGCAGCUCACUGCACCAUUGCCAAUAUUGGACCCAUACUAGCAGCAGCCAGUAAAUAUCCAGAGAUGCUGAAGGUAAUGUAUUCCUCGUAACUAUUGAUAUAUCGACCAGAAUUUUCCAUUGUCUAUUGACAUCAAAUGCGGUAUCUCUAGCAAAAAUCACCUCGAACAUUUCAGACGAAACCUCGUACACAGUGGAGACACUUAAAGAUGAUGAAUAUAAUGUUCUCGUGAUCUUCAAAUUUGAUUCAAGGGUGAUACUGUAAGGAGAUAGUAAGAGCCAGUCACUUUUAGUGUUUGAGGGUUAAAUUACAAGUCAAAAUCUAAAAACAAACCUUUAAUUCAAGGUGCGCGUUGGUGAACAUAAUUUGGAUCAGCCUGAAGGAACAGAGGAGGAUCUAAACGUAAAGAAAGUUGUGCUGCAUCCUAAAUGGGACAUAGGAGUGGAAAAUACGCCCAACGGAAAGCAAAUUUAUUCAAAACACGACAUCGCUUUAAUAGAGCUUAGCAGUCCGGUCAACUUUACUUCAAAUGUGAAAAGCAUGUGUCUUGAUAAUGGGCAACUCUUUAAAGCUGGUAAGAAGAAUGGGAACUUAUCGUUUCUUGUCUGUUAGUUUUUACAAUUUGCAUGUUUAAGUAAUUUUUUUUCAGAUGUUGUUAGUGACGCUGCAAACUUGAUCUUCAACCAAUUAGAACGGAAAAAUUUAUGUCCUUGGAGAGGGAAACACGCUUGGUACACAAGCUACAGACUAAUCGAGUGGGUGGCACGACGUUUUGGAAACAACCAAAAAUCAUUAAAAAAAGUAGUGAAACAAAGUACACCACGCUCCCAUAAAACAUAACAAUAAUCAGAGCAUAACUUCAAUUUUGAUCUAUUUACCUAUCUAGUUUGUUUUGUUCUUAGGCACGAUGUGUUAUAUCGCUGGCUGGGGCACUAAGAAAGUAAAAGGCCCUGCUACAAGAAUUCUUCACGAAGCCGCUUUACCACUUGUGUCGCAUGAACAGUGCAAUGGCCCCAAGUCAUAUAGUGGAGUUAUUGGUGGCAACUUGAUCUGUGCUGGAUACAAACAGGGGGGUGUCGAUACUUGCGAGGGAGACAGUGGAGGUGAGAUGGACUUUUUUAACACUAAAAAAUACAGAAUUCGAAGGAAAGUGAAACGAGCCCCCUACUUACAACUGAAAACAUUUUUCCAUGCAUCAGUCAUAUGUAUUCAUGGGGUUUACAAUAUCUAGAAAUAGAGGAAACGAGGUUGCAUCGCCAUCGAGCACUGAGAAUCAUAAACACCUAGAUAAUAACUUUGAUGGACAAUUUGAACCACCUCCAGACUACCUACAUUGGACGACCUUGAUAUCUGCAAAACAUAACUCCAAAUCCCCCCUUUUCAGCGUUUUUUAGACCACGUAAAUCUCGAUCGUUAAGUCAUGAUUCCUUUGGAGUUACGGCUGUCACAGGCACGAUCUUAAAGAAGCAACGGACGUCGACCACCUAAAACCUUUUGUAUACCUGAGUAAUUUGUCUUCAGGAAUAACAAGUGUCCUUCCUUUUUCAGGACCACUAAUGUGCCAAGGAGAUGGAAAGAGGUGGUUCCUGACAGGAGUGGCGUCCUUUGGACACAUUGGCUGCGGUGUACCUUACAAAUAUGGUGUGUACACACGGGUAGUGAACCAUCUGCAGUGGAUAUCACAAGUGACAGGGAUGGACUUAUCACAGCCACAAGUCGACUAUAUACCGUUGAUUACAUAG